UUGUCAAAAAUUAUAAUCAAAUCAUUUUGUUUCAUUGUCAUACAUAAAUAAUGUAAUAAGUGUGUAUUUCUAAAAAUAUAGGCGUUUGUUAUUGAUUUCACAAAUUUCAUCAUACUUACAGAAGCGUUAACAUUCCACGACGCUUAGUUUUGAAUUCUACUGACCAGUUGAAAUAGCCUUUUCCUUACCCUGUGACCUUCAAAGUUCAAAAAGUAUAUCAGAAAUCUAUUCGUUCGUGUUUGUUCAGUUGAAAAACAUAUUUAUUACGUCAGUGUAAAUAAUUUGGCAGUGUUCUUGUUAUUAUUCACGUACGGUAGUUGCUGGCGAAUGGUCUUGUAUUGACCUUGAACUCGCAACAGCUGGUAUACAUCCUACUCAGAAACAUGGAUUCAUUCUUCAGCCUGUUCGACCCCUCAGAUGGGCAAAAUAAACAAAAAAAGAGACAUAAAAAUGACCAGGAGAAAAGUAAUGAUGCUCCUAAAGGAAGACGUCGCGGUCGCCGUGGGCAGGGUAAACACGAGACCUUGCCAGAGGAGUCCUCAUUCCUCUGUGAGCCACAACUCAGCACGGAAAUUCUUGUCAAGGACUGCAGCUAUAUUGAAAACUAUAUUGAAGUUAAUAAUAAGGAUGAUGAUUCUAAAGAAUCGGACAAAAAGCCGCGUAGGCGCAACUCGAGAAGGAAAUCUCGACGGAAAAACAAAAUAUCGCCUGGAAAAGAUCUCUUGCCCGGGAUGGCUUGGCACGAGGAAGCUAAUUGUGCGGGCGAAAAAUCAAACCUGAACAAUCAAUCAACGAAGUUCAAAAACACAGACGAAAAGCUCGGAAAGAUUGUAAAUAACCUGAAAAAUUUGAAAAAAGACAAGAGAAAAGACGAGUAUGAAAGAGUCUAUAAUGUAAUAGAUAAGCUGGAGAAAGUCGGAAUCAAAGAUAAUAUGUAUUUGAGCGGUGACUUCGAUGACGAUAAAUGGGAGAGUGAUUUCUUCUAUAGCGAUGACGAUGAAGAAUUCAGGGAUGAUAGUACCUCGGAUGCAGAUGACACAGGUGAUGAAUACUUCGGAUGCCUUCCUCCAGAGCCAAGGUUUGGCAAUGUGGAGUACAAGCUGCAACUGGUGUCUCCUUGUGAGAGAAGGUUUCAGCAUUUGGUCACCCAGUUGAAAUGGCGCCUUCGGUCGGGUGGUGGGACGGCCGUGUACGUCAUAGGGGUGAGGGACUGCGGGGCCCUGAAGGGACUGAGAGCGAACGCCUUGAGGGCCUCUCUGAGGGCGCUGAGAAGGAUGGCGAGCGCCAUCGGUGCAGUUUUAGUAUCGGUGCGAGCGAGACGGGUAGCGCCCAAUCGGGCAGUCGCCGAGGUUUAUAUACGGAAGUUGGCAGAUACUCAACAAAGUGUAGAACUGAGGGUAGCCGUGAUGGGUGCGAACGAAGCGGGAAAAUCUACCCUCAUUGGAGUUUUAACUCAGGGUGAGCUGGACAACGGCCGAGGCAGCGCUCGACUCAACAUGUUCCGACAUUUGCACGAAGUGAAGAGCGGCAGGACUUCUUCCCUCAGCCACGAGAUUCUGGGGUUCGACGCUCAGGGCAACGUGGUGAACUACGGGUGUUCGGAGCUGAUGACGGCCGAGCGCAUCGGAGAGAGGAGCGCGAAGCUGGUCUCGUUCUUGGACUUGGCGGGUCACAGCAAGUACCAGCGGACCACCGUGCACGGGCUCACGGGCUAUUGUCCGCAUUAUGCCAUGAUCGUGAUCUCCGCCACCGCAGGCAUAACGAGCAUAACAGAGGAGCACAUAGGACUCCUCCUCGCCCUGGAUAUGCCUUUCUUCGCCGUGAUCAGCAAGUGCGAGUUGGCCAAUGCCGCCGUGGGGCCGUUGGUGGAGAAGUUGAGGGCUCUUCUGGCGAACGCUAAAAAGAAACCUCUCUUAAUCACUGAUGAGAAUUUGGCGCGAAACUGUGUCGUGCCCCAGAAGUCUAUACUCGACACCAUAGACGAUACGGACCAGAGACAAGAUGAAGAGGAAGUGGAACAAAUUCCCGUGUUCCCCGUGAGCUGCGUCCGCGGCGUGGGUUUGAACGCCCUCCACGCCUAUCUGCUGGCCUUGAGACCGCCCGCGGAGGACGCUCAGCCGAGUUCUGUAGAUACGGAGAGUUGCGAGUUCCAAAUAGACGAGAUCUUUCACGUGGGGGAGUCGAGCGGACCCGUGGUGGGGGGGCUCGUGGCCAGGGGGCGGCUUCUGGAGGGGGACGACCUCAUCAUUGGUCCAUUGGACACGGGUGAAUUCGUCGAAAUCUCGGUGAAGACGAUAUUCCGGAACCGCGUUCCUUGCGGUUCGGCCAGAGCGGGUCAAUCCGCGUCUUUGGGCCUCAGCCGGGAUCCUCCCAACCUUCGACCCGGGAUGGUCCUUUUGACUCGGCCCGGGCAAUACCGGACGGGGCCGAGGCCGGUGUGGGGGUGCACGGAGAAUUGUACGAAGACGACGCCUCAAAUAAUACCAAAAACUCAGAACCAAGAGAAAAAUAGUAAAAACGUGAAGAGAAAAAACAAUUUCCUUCAAGAAGUGACAAAUUUACAAAAGAUUUUGACAAAAACGCUACCGUUCGACAAAAACGUCAACGAAAUGGACAAAAGCGGCAUCGACAAGGUGGAGAGCGUCGACGAGCUGUUCGGUGAGGAUUUCGACAAGUCGACGGGCGAGAGAGAGGAGAGCGGCAAAUGCGCCUGCGCAGGUCGAGUCUGGCUGGAAGACCCCAACGAUCCGAGGGGCUGCAUGUAUUUCCAGGCGACGGUGCUCCUGAUCCGCCACUCCACGGCCAUUUACCCGGGAUUCCAAUGCUCGGUGCACGUCGGGAAUGUUCGGCAGACGGCCAUUAUCGAGGGCAUCUUGGCCCCGAACAGUGUGGUCAGGGCCGGAGAGACGGCUUCCGUGGUGUUCCGCUUCGCCCGAUGCCCCGAGUACCUGCUCACGGGACGGAGGCUGCUCUUCACUGCGGGUCUUGGGACCAGAGCAAUUGGACGGAUCACACAAACCUUUCCGUACAUACCUUGAGCGAUCUAGUGUUAUUUUAGGGCAAAUCUACUAAUGAUUGGGUUUCAACCCAUAGAUGGUACAUAUUUGUACCAAACUUGAUCCGAUUGGGGUCAAAUUUAAUCAGAUUGGAAAUCUAUUAACAAACUUACAUUCUAUUAUAUCACAAUUUAGCUAUUAAUUAAAUGCACACAAAUUAUAUUUAUUUACAAAGAAAUUUUGCAAAAACUGUAGUAAUUACACAAUAUUAUUAUAUUAAAACACUAAAUAUAAGAUUUCCCUAUUUAAAUAAUCUAAAACAUAACUCAACACAACAUAUUUGAUAAUGCUCAAGUGUGACUUGGGAUUUAUUUGAUAAUAAAAAGAUUCUUAAAGAAUUUAUUUUAGUUGGUUUUUAUAUUAGUCUAGUCUAAACAUUAUUUAAAAGACCAUCAACGUGUAAUUAUGUACAAUUACCCCAAUAAGGUAGACAAAUUUCUGCCACUUCACUUUUUCACCAGAAAUGUGACCGUUUGGUCUUUUUUUGGAAUCGAUUUUUUUUACUUGUAAAUUUUUGACAGCUUGUGUAGAUGGCAUUGCUGUUAUUUAAAAUGUCAAACCAUGGUAUCACAUCUAUCAAACUCGCGAUUUAGUAAAUAUAUUUAUAAAUAAAUAAACUCUAAUAAAAAAUGUUGACAAAAUGAAACAAUAAAAAAUGUAAUAUUUUGAAAUGUGUUGAAUUUGUAGUGUUUGUUACGCUUAUUCCCUCAAACUGCCACUCGAUUGUAGAUAAGAAUGGUAAAUGAUGAUAAGACUAACAUAUAUAUAUUAUAUCGUUCAAUUCAAUGUUUAGUUGUAAGAAAUACAUUUUUAGUAUUAUGACUGCAGUGAAUUAAGUUGAAUCACUGCUUAAGAAGUUCGGUAUUAGGAAUUGGUUCCUAUUUAUUUUAGUCUUAAAGACUUUGAUAUAUUUAUGGUUAAAUUAAAUUCUCUUUUAUUAUGUUUUUGAUUUCAGUGACGUAUGUCCAGUUAGUUUGGUUUUGCUUAGGUGAAAAAAAUAUGGAAAAUCGGGAUUUUGAGUUGAAAUAAUGACGAAAACCAGUCGUUUAUAAGUUAUUACGAUGGUUAAAUAUGUUUUUAUGGUCAUAUUUAAAAGUGUACCAGAAAAUUAUUAAUCCGAUUAAUAACUAAAUUAUUUCUUUCAACGAAUUGUGAAGUACAUCAAAACUUAGCUGUAAUGUUUAUACUAUCGUGACAAAUCCUUUAGACGUUGUGAAAAGGCACUCAUAUUGUAUUAAUAAUAGAAAUAUAGAUUGCUUGUAAUAAAAAUACACCAAAAAUAUGCACAUUUUGAAUAAAUAAAAUUUGGAAUUAAAA